AAUAACUCUAUGCUUGCAAGAAGGGAUGUGAGCUGUGUCGUACCAACAGAAAUGAACACCAGCGUCAGGCAAACGGCAAACGAUAGUAACAAAACGGCGCGAAAACAAACAUAGGAUUGUUGUAGAAAUUAAGAGACUUAUAAUAUACACAUUCACUUCCCCCUGAAACACAACCAAUAUGCCUCGCCGCAAUGUAUCGAUGUCACAACCGUCGUCUUCGCGUCCGACUCGUUCCUCAUUGCAACCACCAGCCAGAGCUACUCAACCGGACUUCCCGGCGGCCGUCGACCCAGAUGUGGAUCAAUUGGUUGUGGGUAUGGUGAAAGCCAUUUUGAACCUUUCGGUGAACAAGCAUCCCAUCAAGAAGGCCGAUCUGGUUCAGAGUGGCCUCGGAGGGAACGGUCGUAUGUUCGCUAAAGUUAUCGGGCAAGCAAUCAGCGAGUUGAGCGAUGUUUACGGGUACAAGCUAGUGGAAAUUGAGCGGAACAAAACUUUUAUUGUUGUAUCAAACAUUGCAUCAGGUUCAAUGUGGGAUUUGAGCGAGGAUUUCCGCCGCAAGUACACACUGCUCUAUCUGGUACUGGGGUACAUAUUCAUGAAGAACGGAAGCAUUCCGGAGCAAGGGUUGUGGGAUUUUUUGACUAAACUGAACAUCCACGAAGGAGAAGAACAUCAGUACUUCGGGAACGUGCGCAAGCUGAUCACGGAAACAUUUCUGAAGCAAGCUUACCUCGUUCGAUCCAAACAGAUUGUUGAGGGGAUGAACGAGGAUCGAUAUUUCUACAGCUGGGGCGUGCGCUCUGAUCACGAGCUGAGCAAGAAGGAUAUUCUGGAAUCGUUCUGCAAGCUGAUGGGGAAGCCUUCGGUUUGCUACAUCACCCAGCAUACGGCUGCUUACGGUGCGGACAACGAUGUGGAAGAUGAUUCGAUGGAGGCUACCCAGGAGUGAUUUUGUUGAGCGUUGUUUUUGAAUUUGAGGUGUGAAUAUAAUUAUCGAAGUAAAGUCUAGUCAUAAGUCUACUGAUAUAGUUUAAUUCUCUUCAUUUUGGAUUGUGCAAAACAGCGUUGUCACACAAAAAACUAAAACCUGCUGCUUUGUUUAGGUCGGAGCUAUUGGUAUAUCUCAGCAAAUAAAUUCAUACAGUAUUUCCAGAGAAGUGAACCUGCUUCUGAUCGUCGACUUUAAAAAAAAAUUACUAGAGGCGACGAAUGUUAAGUAUUAUUAAGGUAGAAUUAACACCAAAAAAUAGAUAAAAACGAUAAAGUA